CUUCGGCUACCGUAGCCGGGUCCUCCACGGAUUUGUGCGCCUGCGCACUGCGGGAAGGCUCUCCAUUUCGGCGUGAACCGGGAAGGACGUUGGGGUGGAGGACAUUCACGACCAUGAGUUCCGGAACGUUGCCUAAACCUCAGAUGCGUGGUCUUCUGGCCAAGCGCCUGCGGGUUCACAUUGUUGGCGCUUUCGUCAUGGCCCUGGGAGUGGCUGCUGCCUAUAAGUUUGGCGUGGCUGAACCCAGAAAGAAGGCGUAUGCAGAUUUCUACAGGAAGUACGACUCCAUGAAGGACUUCGAAGAGAUGAGGAAGGCUGGCAUCUUCCAGAGUGCGAAGUGAUGUCAGAAUGUUCAGACUUAUUUGGAUUGCACUCAAAAGAAGUUCGUCACUGACCUGUGUUCCUGAACUGUGAAACAUGAAUAUGUGGGCUAAAGAAUAGUUUCUCAAUAAACAAUUAACAGUUAUAUGACA